AUGAUCAUCUCAAAGCGAUUGCAUGUGAAUAAACAGGAAUCUGAGGGGCCAUUAACGGCUUUCAUUGAUGAGGCUUGCUCUUCAGAUGAAGCCGGGUUGACCAGACUUCUUAAUGCCAAUCUCAAGUGGGAGCGGCCAAGAGGAGAUUUGAUUACAUGGGUGAAACUUCUCAAUCACAUUGAUGACAUAUUCGAGAAGAAAAUUGCCAGCUAUGGAUUGGACGCUCCAAACCCAAGACUAGUCGUGAUUUCUCCAGACGACACUAGUCUCCUUACUGCUUGUUUGAACUUCACCAACACACUCUUGGAACAUUGUCUCAACAGAAAUAUAUAUGGAAGUUCCGAAAGAAUCUAUCAAUUGAUCUUGACACCGACGAUAGACGUCAAGCUAGCAGCACUUGAUGUUGCUGUUCGGCUUGGAGAGCGCUACGUUGGCUCAACCUACAUCAAAAAGUAUUGUGCUCCGAAGGAGGUAAGACAGCAUGUUCUUGAUAUGGCCAAAGCAUUUCCACCUCCAGUGCCUACCGGCUUCAUCCAGAAACAGGUGGAUCAAACGGAUCAAUCCGAUGACAACAAGCCUCGCAGUGAGCACUACAGCUUAUAUGACACUCUUGAUCACAAAAAGGUCUACCCAAGCAAAUGGGCGACUUUGAGUUUUCAAUAUUAUGCAUCGCCACUGUCUAACUCGCAAAACCCUCGGAGUGAUGGCAAGGACAAAAAGAAGAGUGCCAAAAAGCACACUCAGACCGAGAAAGAGGGCCUCCUUUCCUUCAAUUUGUGCGAAAGCUCCGUUCGAAAAUUGACAUUGGAGCAGAUUUACGACAAAGCUGUUGAGACGUUGCCGGAAACAUCAUGGUUCAAAGUGUCACUAGCUGCACUAAACGCUAAGGCCUUCAAUUCUAGGUCUCAUGAUUGCAUGUUACUUCGAGAAAAGUUGAUUCGAAUGAAGUGCGCUUCGGUUGCAUUCACGGCUCUCAUGUCUAGUGCAGAGUUUACUUCUUCAAACUUGUUCGAGGCGGAGCCUUACUUACUCAGCUUCUUGGUUGACUUCAUGGCUCCAGAGAAUUCAUCUACUGUGUCCAGCGAAGUGUUUGUGGCAUCUCUUAAAGCUUUAGAAGCAAUAGCGCACAGAAGACAAUGGGGAAGUGAGCUCAUCAGAAAUUUGGGAGGAAAUGUGAGCCAUGGAUUGCUUUACCAGCAAUUGAGACAUAUGAAUAAGCAGAUCAAAGAACAAUCGGAUGCCUGCAAUGAGAAGGCCAAUUUGCUAGUAUUCGCACUCAUUGGUCACUUCAUUGACAACAAAUCCCUAGUUUCGAGGCUCGCUUCUGGUGGGAUCUUAAGUGAACUCAUGAGCUUUCUUAACAUUCACACGAAAUAUCGCUGGUCGUGUUCUUCAGCAGUCAACACGAUUGCUCUACUCUUGCGUUCAUCUACUGAGUACAUCUCGGAUUUCAUAAAUCUUGACGGUUUCCGUUUGUUGAUCGAAACCAUCACGUACGAGGUGGAUUUUGCACUCGAACAUCCUGACUUCGCUGGUGGCGCACCGAAGGAUGCAGUUGUUUAUUACACUAUUAGUCUCAGACAAGUGAAUUUCCUCAGAAACCUUUUGAGACUUUCUUCCCAGCUUGUUCAAGCUGAUGGGAGUGACCGAAUGAGGAACCUUUUCGACUCCCCUAUUUUAUCAUCAUUCACAAAAGUCAUUGAGAACCCACAUCUUUUUGGGCCACCUGUGUUAGGUGCCACUUUAGAUGCCGUUUUAUACAUCAUUCACAAUGAGCCAACCGCUUUUUCGAUACUCAACGAGGCAGGUGUCGUUGAAUCAAUUUUAAGCAAUUACGAUAGGCUUUUUAUGCCCUCCAAUGAAUUACAGAUAGCUUUACUUGAGGUUCUCGGUGCAAUCUCUUUGAAUAAGGAAGGGUUGAGACGAGUCAAAGAAAGCGGAGUUCUCAAAGUCUAUUUCCAAUCAUUCUACGAUCUCAAAAUUGCUAAGGAGCUAGUGCGUGGUGAUGUUUCGACGAGUAUCGGAGUGUCAAUGGAUGAGCUUGGAAGGCAUUUCCCAGAUCUAAAACCAGAUAUCUUUGAAGAGAUAAAAGACUUGAUUAAUAAGAUGUCCAGUUAUGCCAACCAAUAUUUGGAACCUAUUCGAUUUUAUACUUCAGAUUCGCAGGACGCAUUUUACCACGAGGGAGAUUCGAGUUCGAAAGAAGUUCAAAAGACUGACGGGGUCGAGAUGGAAUGUUGGGAAAGCGCUGAGGGCUCUCCAUUGAUAGACAACUUGUUUGGAUUUUUAGGAGGGCUUCUUCAGGACAGCGGGCAAUGGCUGAAGGACAUUACUGAUAAUAUCCCGUUCUCAUCAUGGGCGAGCUACAUAACUCUUGACCUCGCUCCCAUUGAUUAUAUCACUUCUAACGGUAUGACAAGUUUAAUGAAUCUUUUGAAGUUCUUGGAGGAUGAAAAGCAAGAUUACGGACUUCCCAAGCUCCUUGAGAUGCUUCCAGACCGUUUGAAGUCCACAGAUGUUCAAGAUUUCAUAAAUUCUGGAAGUACCGAACCAUUCCUUGCAGCCUUUCGUGGCGAUGAGCCAAGGGCGAACAUGCUAUUGAAAGAGCUCAAUGCGAUUAACAACAUCCUUUUUAUCUUGAGCGAAAGUUAUCUUCUUCCAAGUAACAUGGUCAACGAGAAGUAUCAGACACUCAUCAAUACCCUUCAGUCAAUGUCCUAUCCAGUCAUUCAGGACUUGACCAGAUUGAUGGGAAGAAGCAUCAUAGAGGAAAUCGUGAUUCGUCAACCUCUUUCAGCCGAUGCGUUGGAGUACACUGCUCCGGUGCUUGAACCUCUUGAAGAUAUUCCUCCUCUCCAGAAAAUCACGGCACUGGCAAUCAAGACAUUCAAUGUUAUUUUGGGAAGACCCACUGAUGACAGGCUUCGUGUGAAGGAUGUCGAUUACAUCGACAGCUCGUUGGUCUCGAUCGAAAACAAUUUUGUCAAUGAGGUUUUAUCUAUCUUGACCAAAAUAAGCGAACCCAAAUACGUCCCUAAAUUGCCGUAUCAUCACUUGUUCUACAAUAGAGGUUAUUGUUCUGAAGAGGGUGCGAUACUGGCUGGUAUCGUCACUCAGGCAGCUUUUCUCGGAUUACGUAUGGUGAAACAAACAAUUGGCUCGGAAUCUCCACUCACGCGCCAUGGCGAUUACGUCGCAUAUCAAGCGUUCCCGUUACCUAUCUCGCUUCAACUUAUCGAUUUGUUCAUCAUUGUUUGGAAGGUAAAGCCUGUUGAUGAUUACUACCCCCUUCAUGAAGACUACGGAAGUCCGCCUUUCAACAUCGUCAAUCAUGUUAUGAAUGAGGCUCAACUCUCACAGGAGAGGGCCUUGAAGCAUCUCAGGGCUGUAAAACUCAUCGAUCCUUUCCCUGGAGCUCCUGAAGAAGAGGAUGCAGAGCUCACCGAGGAAGAUACGGACAAGCUCAAUGAUAUUGACUACGAGGACCUUCUUCAACCAGACCAUUUGCAGUUGGCUAGUGUUAAAUUGCUUGACGAACAACGGGAAGACGAAGGCAAGUUCUUCUUUGGUUUGCCCUUAGUCAAGUUCGCUUCCUACAUCGAUGAUAUUGGUCGAGAAGUAGCACUUUUGAUCCAAGAGAACCACCUCAAUCUCGCUAACCCUAUAGUCGAUCAUAUUGAAAGCCUUCGUCGCGAAGGAACUGAUCCAUCAUAUCAUUCCAGAUCACUUCUAGUUGACCUUCUUCGUCGGAUGUAUUCAACUAGUGUUUUCCUUGAAGAUGGCUCGUCCCAUCCAGAUCUCAAAGAUGCUUUCACGAAAUUUGUCAACAUUUUUGUUGAGGAUUGUCAACAAAAUAAUGAUAUUACCGAAAAGGACUAUUUCAGCUCGGGCUUGUUGUUCUUACAGCCAGUUUUGAGCAAAACGCCGCCCAACACAUUGCCCAAGGUGUUCCAUUUUUUUGAUGAAGUCGAUGCCAAGUUGAAGGACAAGCUUUUGCAGACAAUACUUUCACUGGAUACAAACGGUAACAUUGAGUGCUCUCUGGCUCUUUGCAGAUUGUUGUACCUUUACGCUACUGAUGAGAAGUAUAAGCCUUUGAUUAGCAAAUCCGGAGUCUUUAAAAAUAUCUUCAAAGAUAUAAGACAGCAUUCAGACAUGACAUCAGAGAAUAUGAAAGAGCUACAAAAGCUCUUAAUCUUGCUCGUGAGAGUCUGCUUCGAAGAUGCCGCGAUAUUAGAGAAUGUGUUUUCUUCAGAAAUCGUUAAGUCAUUCAAAAGACAGCCCAACGGUAAGAAAGACUUUAAGCGUUUAUUGGACGAGAAUGUUGAGAUGGUGACAAGAAAUCCUUCAUUGUACAUUGAUGUCGCCUCGAGGCUUGUCAGAUUGGAAAAUCUUAAUGGACGCACCAAUCACACGGAAAGUCUUUUCCUUGUUGAUUACUGUGAUCCUCCCAAGAGUGAUGAUGACGUUGAGAUGAAGGAUUCAGAGAGCGUACCAGAAAUCGGCUCAGAUGGCCUCAUGCACUUCCUUUUAACUGAGCUCAUGUCAUGUGCAAAGGAGGACUGGGUAACUAGUCCUCCUAAACCUGAUGAUAAGUCAGGAAGUUCUCGCCAAAAGAAAGAGCUCCAGAUAGAUACACUCAUGAGAAACUCCAGAUUUGCUUACUUGUGCUUUUUGAUACAAAUGAUUACUGAACUUCUCGGGUCCUAUAAGCAUGCGAAGCUUGAAUUUAUCACUUUCUCAAAGAAGGAGGGUUUAGAAGACAGGAAUAGACCCCGGUCGACGUCUCUUAACUUCUUCAUUCAUCAACUCAAUCCUAGCUGUGCUAUGCAGACAGCCAGUACUGACGAGUCACAGAGGAGGGAGGCGAUUUCCUCGUUAUCAAAGCUUUGUCUUCUUACACUUGUAUCUACCCCUACUUUGAAAGAUGAUCAGUCGCCUGACACAAAGUCUGAGGAUGUUGAUCUUGCUAUUGUGCGCCGCUUUGUCAUGGAUAUCAUCUCGAAGGUCAUCAAGGAUAGCUUUGCACCUCGCUACACGCCCGCUUCAGCAUAUGAAAAAUUGUACGAUGUUUUCGACUUGUGCUCCUGCUUGCUUUCCACGAAGUUCCGUGAAAUGUGCUUUCCCCUUUUGAACAAGUCUGCUACCAAGCUAGAUCAAUUUUUCAUUGCCUCCGCAUUCAUCGAGAGACAGCUACCAAACCAAAUAGCAGGCGCUAUCGCUGACAUCGAUCUCAACUUUCCAAAUGUGAAUCGCCUAAUUAAGAUUGGAAUGAAACCACUUUCGCAUUUGGCGAAGAUCAAACUCACUUAUGGUGGAUAUUUCGAGAGCAAUCAUUCAGAAAAGGAUGAAGAGGAUAUGGUUCCAGAAGACUUGGGUGACCGCGAUGAAACGCCUGAUCUCUUCAGAAACUCUACUUUGGGAAUGUACGAUGCUGAAUCCGACUCUGAAGAAGACUUUUACGAAGAGGGUGAUCCGUUAGAAGUGGUGAUGUCAGGGUCCGAUCUCUCUCAAGAUGACGACGAAGAUACAAGUUCUGGUGAUUCUGGGGAUGAUGACAUGGAUGAAGAUGAUCUUGACGAUGAAGAAAUGGAUCACGGCGAAUUCGAAGGAUACGCGAGUGGAGAUAGUGAUGGCGAUAUUGAGAUCAUUGAUGAACUCGACAUUGGGUCGCAUUCGGAAGACUCUGCGAACGAGGAAUCAGAUGGGUCCGAAUUCUACGGUUUCGAUGAGAAUGAGACAGAUCCAAGUGAAUUUAUUGAUGCUACAGAGGGAGAUUUGGACGAGGAGGAGGAGGAGUACGACGAAGCUGAACUAGAUGGAUGGCUCGACACCUUUGGCCAUGGAGAGGCAAGUGACGAAGAAGCUGAAGGAAACCCUCGCUUUGGAACAGUUUUCCCCAUAGAUAACGAGGACGACGAUUCCGCUAUUGACUUGCAUUCGGAAAUUGACGACAAUGACGGAUCAGAGGAGGAGAGUAUUCUUGAAUCAGACAUCGAAGAGAUCGGAGGCCGGGAAUCGAACAGCGCUACUCGUGAAUUUAUGACAUCAAUCUUUGAUGUUCUCAGACCAGCUCUCCGCCAGCAAAAUGUCUCUAACAUUUUUGAAGGAUUAGUCAAUGGCCGGUUGCGAAACUCGUUUCACAUUGGUGAUCACCGUGGCAAUGAAAUAGGAGGUUUCGAUCGUGCUUUUGAGGUCAUUCUCAAUGACAAGCCAAAUAAUGCGCAAAAAGGGUCCCUCAAUCAUGUUUACAUCCGGUCUACCAUUGAGCGAUGGCGGAAUGCGCAUGAGAUGUUCUACUCUAAUGGUGUUUUGCAACUCAUGGAACAGGUGAAGUCUGAAAUCACUAAAAAUAUUCACGAUGAAAGCCUCGAAAUUUUUGAGAAACUCAAUGAAGAACGUGAAAAGAUCAAACGUGAACGUGAAGAGAAGAUAAAAAGACGCCGUGAGGAGUCGAGACUCAAACGCGAAGAGGAGAUGAAACAACGUGAGAGUGAAAGACUGCAAAAUCCUCCGGAUGAACGUGAUCCGGUCAUGCUUCGCAUAGGUGACCGAGAGGUCGACAUAAGUGGAACUGACAUCGACCCAGAGUUCUUCGAAGCGCUACCAGAUGACAUGAGAGAAGAGGUAUUCACCCAACAUAUCCGUGAGCGCAGGGCAAAUGCAAAUACAACGGGCGCCGAAGUUCGUGAAAUCGAUCCUGAUUUCUUGGAAGCUUUGCCAGAUCAAAUCAGGGAGGAGAUUUUACAGCAAGAAGCCAUGGCUCGAAGAUUCUCUAGUGGGCGCCUUGGAUUUUUGGAAGCUGAUGAUGAUGAUGAUCCCGCUAGUGACCUCGAGGAUGAUGAGGAACAAGAAGGAGAGAGAGAUGGGCCACUUGCGAUGAGCAAUGGCACCUCAAUCUAUCCGCCUGGGAGAAGACCUGCCACUGAUGGUGAUAAAUCUUCAGCCGAGAAGAGAAAAACUUUUUCAACGCCACUAAUUGACAAGCUGGGCGUUGCAAGUGUUGUGCGUUUGUUGUUCGUACCACAGCCAUUCCAGCAAAGAACUCAUAUUUACUCGACCCUAUCGCAGCUCUGCAAUAACAAACAGACGAGGGCAGAAGCGAUGAGUCUCUUAAUUGCAAUUCUCAAUGAUGCCUUGCAUAGUCAGAAGGCCUUAGAGAAAUUAUUUGUUCUGAUCUGCAAUAGAGCAAGCAGCAAAAGAGCGCAAGAUGAAGGUGUGAAAAAAUCUGUUCCUGUGGGAGCCACUCCUGUUGUUAUCGGUAUACAAUUGAUUGAAGCUGUUUUCUUCUUGUUGGACAAGAACAUUCACUUGCGUUACUACCUAUUAACAGAGCAUGAAAAUGUUUUUGUUACUCGUCGUGUUCAAAAGAAGAAAUUGCAGAAUUUGUCAACUGAAGAUAGGUACCCUAUCAACUUUUUGUUGAAGCUCCUUGAAAAUCCUUUGCUCAGCGAACAACACAUGUUCAUUGACUUGUUGGCAAGCGUUCUUCAUGUCGGAACGAGACCUCUUUUGCUCUUGAGAGAAUCCGGGAAACAGCAUCCUCCAAUAUCGACGACGUCGAUACCCGCAUCGAAUUUACGUCUAAUUGUGCGUAUUCUCAGUUCCAAUGAGUGUGCUAAUACGACUUUCAGAAGAACGAUUAGUGCAAUGCAAAAUCUUUCCGUGAUGAAGGAUGCGCAAGAGGUGUUCUCCACCGAACUUUCAGCUGGAGCCACAAAGUUGAGUAAAGACAUUGUUCGUGAUCUCAAAUCGUUGUCUUCCGAGCUCGAAGAAGGCAUGGUCAACAGUACUGAGAGCAAACAUCUCAGUAAGUUUACUGCCCCAAGUUCCGAUCAAGCCAAACUCUUAAGGAUCCUUACCGCUCUAGACUACAUGUACGAGAACCGGGAGAAUGAAAAUACCAAGGAAGGGUUAAAGAAGGAGAAGGCCAUUCAACUUACGGGUCUCUAUGAAAAACUUGAGCUAGGUAAGCUAUGGGGUGCUCUUAGUGUAUGUUUGAGGGAUCUUGAAAAUGUACCUUCUUUACUCAGCAUAGCGACAGCAUUACUUCCAUUGAUUGAAGCACUUAUGGUGGUGUGCAAACACAGUAAAGUGAGGGAUCUUCAAAUCAAGGAUGUUAUGAAGUUCGAAGCGAAAAAAGUGGACUUCACUAAAGAGCCCAUAGAGAGCCUCUUUUUCUCAUUUACUGAUGAGCACAAGAAGAUCCUCAACCAGAUGGUGAGAACAAACCCUAAUCUCAUGAGUGGACCUUUUAGCAUGCUUGUCAGGAACCCAAGAGUUUUGGAAUUUGACAACAAGAAAAACUACUUCGAUAGGCAGCUUCACGAGAAGGCAGCCGGUGGACAAAAGCUUUCCAUUAGUAUCCGGAGAGAUCAGGUUUUCUUGGACUCUUAUAGGGCUCUCUUCUUCAAGUCGGUCGAAGAAUUCAGAAAGGCUAAAUUGGAAAUCAAUUUCAAGGGAGAGUCUGGUAUAGAUGCUGGUGGUGUCACAAGAGAGUGGUAUCAAGUUUUAUCAAGACAAAUGUUCAAUCCUGAUUAUGCGUUGUUCAGUGCCAUUGCCAGCGAUGAAACUACCUUCCAUCCAAACAGAACCUCAUUCGUCAACCCUGAGCACCUUUCCUUCUUCAAAUUUAUCGGAAGAAUCAUCGGAAAAGCUAUCUUUGAUGGAAGUUUCUUGGAUUGCCAUUUCAGCAGAGCAGUCUACAAGAAAAUUUUGGAUCGUCCUAUGUCGCUCAAGGAUAUGGAGACCCUUGAUUUGGAAUACUUCAAAUCGUUGAUGUGGAUGCUUGACAACGACAUCACUGACAUCAUUACCGAAGAUUUCUCCAUUGAAUCCGAUGAUUAUGGCGAGCACAAGGUAAUUGACUUGGUUCCUAAUGGUAGAAACAUUCCAGUCACCGAGGAGAACAAGCAUGAUUAUGUUCGUCUAGUCGUUGAAUACAGGUUACAGAAGUCUGUGGAAGAACAGAUGAGUAACUUCAGCAUUGGAUUCCACGAGAUCAUUCCUAAGGACUUGGUGGCAAUAUUUGAUGAACAAGAGCUUGAGCUAUUGAUAAGUGGCUUACCCGACAUUGAUGUUGGCGAUUGGCAGGCGAACACUACAUACAACAACUAUUCGCCUUCAUCUGAGCAAAUUCAAUGGUUCUGGAGAGCUGUCAAAUCUUUUGAUAAUGAAGAAAGAGCCAAAUUAUUACAAUUUGCGACGGGAACGUCGAAGGUCCCACUCAAUGGAUUCAAAGAAUUGCAAGGUGCUAACGGUACCUGUAAGUUCAGUAUUCAUCGGGACUACGGCUCGACUGAAAGACUUCCUUCGUCUCAUACCUGCUUCAAUCAGAUCGACUUACCGGCUUAUGAGGCGUACGAUACAUUAAGAGGGUCGUUGUUACUCGCGAUAACAGAGGGCCAUGAAGGUUUUGGAAUGGCGUAA